AUGGAAUUCAUGCGCGUUUGGGUCGACUGUCCCAUCUAUUUUGGUACCGUAAGUCGCACCGCCCCAACCAAGGACACCAUUUGGUUGUACCGGCUGGUUGUAACGCACUUAAAAAAGGUCAACUGGUUCAUGGUGCCUCGUGCGAUAUGGAUUGAGAAUGAUCUUCACGAUAAGAUACCAUUUAAGACUUACUAUCACAUCUUGUUGGAUCUCAUGUCGUAA